AUGCCAUCCCCCUCAUUUCCUCUCCACAUAACAGAUCUGCAGAACAGAUCUGAACUUGAAGAUAGAAAACUCAGAAUUGAAGAUGCAAAGAAUGCUACGUUUGCUGCCAUGGAUGCAGGGAUAGUACCUAGUGGUGGUGCAACAUAUGUUCAUCUCUCGGAGCAGAUUUCCUCAAUAAAAGAUUCCAUGGAAGAUGAAAAUGAGAAGAUCGGUGCUGAUAUUGUUGCAAAGGCACUUCUUGCCCCUGCAAAAACAAUUGCAACUAAUGCAGGGGUCGAUGGAGCAGUUGUGGUGGAGAAUAUUCGAUCUCGUGACUGGAGAACUGGUUACAAUGCAAUCAAUGGUAGAUAUGAAGAUCUCCUAAAUGCAGGUGUGGUAGAUCCUUGUAGAGUUUCUAGGUGUGCACUUCAAAGUGCCGUCUCAAUCGCUGGGAUAGUUCUAACAAGUCAAGCACUGCUGGUUGAAAAAAUAAAGAAGCCCAAGCCUGCUGUCCCUUAUGUUCUUGGAAUUACACCAUGA